AUGGCAUCAAUGAUGUUAUAUAAUAAUACAAGGAGUAUAUGUAGUGCUGUCAGGAGAGGCGUUGUUUCAUACUCUACUACUGCUGCUGCUGCCUCGAGGUCUGAACGUUCAUUGCCUCCUGCUCUUAUUACAACGAUCGGUGACUUCAAGUCCAAAUAUGACUUUAACAACAAGACAGUUAGAAUACUAAGUGGCAUGCAACCUACCAAUGGCGGUCUACAUAUCGGCAACUACAUUGGUGCAAUGAUCAACUGGGUCGACUUGCAAGAUACAAUCAUAGCUUCAUCUUCAAAUAACAACAAGACUGCUCCACCUCAACAUGAACUAUUGUUCUCUAUUGUUGACCUUCAUUCACUUACCAACAAAACAGUCACAGCUGCGCAGUUGAGGAAGAAUACACUGGACGUAGCCAUUGAGUACAUUGCAUGUGGUAUCGAUCCAACCAAAGUCACACUCUUCUGUCAGUCUGCAGUGCCAGCUCACUCUGAGUUGGCAUGGAUACUCAGUUGUCACACUGCCAGUGGACGUCUAGAGAACAUGGUCCAGUUCAAGGAGAAGAGCAAGAAGAAUACAUCAUCAACGAACAAUUCUACUUAUGGACUGUUGGCUUAUCCAAUAUUGAUGGCUGCCGAUAUCUUGCUGUACAAGUCUACUCAUGUACCAGUUGGAGAGGAUCAAACUCAACAUGUUGAGCUGACACGUAAGAUCGCACAAGCCUUCAACUCACAUUAUAAGACCGACUACUUCCCUCUUCCACAAAUCGUCAAUUGUACUGAGUCCAACAGGAUAAUGAGUUUAGUCAACUCUGCUACAAAGAUGAGCAAGUCUGACCCGUCGGAACACUCGAGGAUCAAUCUGACAGACUCGGACAAGAUUAUAACGAGCAAGAUAAUGAAGGCUGCUACAGACGCAACGAUUGGUAUAACAUACGACAUUGAGAACAGACCAAACAUUGCCAAUCUAUUGUCGAUAGCAUCGGCCAUGUCUGGACAGCCCAUUCCAGACAUUGCCCACGAGUUCAAAGAUCAAUAUCAUAGCAAGUUCAAGGAGUACCUGGCACAGACAGUGAUCAACCGCAUUGCACCAAUACGCAACAAGAUAGAACACUACCAAGCCAAUCCCAAACAGGUCAAGGACUACCUGGCAGAGGGUGCCGAGAAGGCAUCCAAACUGGCUGGACACAACCUGAACGAGAUCAAGGAACUGAUUGGUAUAUUCAACGACUACAACUAA